AUGUUAAAUCCGCUGAAUGCCUGAAACGGAUAGUUGAUAGUCGUAAAUUGUGGGGGAAGACGUGCGAGAAGAAGAUACGGAAACUGAGAAUGGGGUUUUUAUGGACGGUCGCAGAGCUGCUAGCGGCUCUGAUUCUGAUCGUCCUUUCAGGGUUGUUGUCUGCGAUCGUCUUUGAAGCUUAUAGAAGAAGACACAAUCACGCUCACGUUGAAGCUCCCGCUAUGUUCGAGGAUCCGAAUUCGUUGAAACAGGUUCCAUGCCCUAAUAUUCUUGAUCCAGCAGAGAAAUAUAUUUCUUUGAUCGUUCCUGCUUUUAAUGAAGAGCAUAGGCUGCCAGGAGCUCUUGAGGAGACCAUGAAUUAUCUUCAACAACGUGAAGCAAAGGACAAAUCGUUUUCUUAUGAGGUGAUCAUAAUUGAUGAUGGAAGUGCUGAUGGAACUAAGAGAGUUGCUUUUGACUUUGUAAGAAAACAUGUUGUCGAUAAUGUGAGGGUUGUCCUUCUUGGAAGAAAUCAUGGAAAGGGUGAAGCUAUUAGAAAAGGAAUGCUUCAUUCACGUGGUGAAUUACUUCUAAUGCUGGAUGCGGAUGGUGCAACCAAAGUUAAUGACCUAGAAAAGUUAGAGACUCGGAUUCAUGAAGUUGCGAGACAGCAGUUUCAUCUAGGAGAUAAGUCGACCAGUGAGUCUAGUUUUAGAAUAUCUGAUGUCCCAAUUGCUGCAUUUGGUUCUCGUGCUCAUCUUGAGGAGAAGGCUCUGGCUUCAAGGAAGUGGUAUCGUAACUUUCUUAUGAAGGGUUUUCAUCUUGUUGUUCUUUUGACUGCGGGUCCAGGAAUUCGUGAUACCCAGUGUGGAUUUAAGAUGUUUACCAGGAGUGCUGCACGGAAGCUCUUCACUAACAUUCGUUUGAAAAGGUGGUGCUUUGAUGUGGAAUUAGUCUUCCUGUGCAAAUGGUUUGGCAUUCCUAUUGUUGAAAUAUCAGUGAACUGGUGUGAAAUCCCUGGAUCCAAGGUGAACCCACUGAGCAUUCCCAACAUGCUGUGGGAGCUUGCUCUCAUGUCUGUAGGAUACCGGACUGGAAUAUGGAAAAUAUACAACUGACAUAACAGAGUUAAUCUGUGGGGGUAAGCAUUGUGAUCUCCUAUGCCUCAGUUAACCUAAUAGAACGCUGGAGAGUAAAUUGGGAGCUGAUUACGCAGCGGUUGGCUACACAGGCCUUUGAGAAUGCUUUUUUCCAAUCUGGAUUUUCCAUAUCAUGUGAUCUUGAAAUGCAAGACUUGGUCUAACCUUCUGAUUUGAUCUAUACGUGUAAGCUACUUUGUCUCUUAUAUUUUUCCCCCUUGAUUGAUUAGUUAAGAGGUAAGCGUGGUACACGCACACAAAUGAAUGAUCGGGGACACAAUGUUUAUUGAAGUUGGAUCCAAUCUCACUUAUUGGAUUUUCAUUGUAAUACAGCAUGACCAUGACUGUCCUAACAUGAUUGGUUCUUCCCUAAUUUGUGUUUCUGUUUU